CGCGCGCCUCUCCACAGCACCGCAGGCAGGGAAGAAGAAGGAUGAGCCGACUGCACGGACAUUAAAUCACUUGAAGGCCCUUCGUUUGAUCGGAACUUUCUUCGUGUUUGCUUUGUUCCCCUUUCAUCGAGUCCGGCUCGAGCCGCACGCCUUCCCGCCCCGCGUCUCGUAGUAUCGGACACGGAGCGUCGCGUUUGAGGACCGUUCGGUGGGGAUGUAGCGGGGGGGGGAGCCCACCUAACGCCGCUUUCAUUCGCUCAGCGGGAGCGCGCUGACUUUAGUUGAGGACGUUUUCUUUAAAGCUGCUGUUUUUAUUGGAGCAUAGAAACAUUUCACUUUCGUAUCGAAGGUGUGCUGCUGCACGAUGACCCCCGCCGGGAGCUGGUAGCUGAACCCUUUCUCACUUCCCACCACGCACCCCUUUGCACAUCUCCCCAAUGAUGACUAUGAGCUCUAUAUCGGACACUUUGGUCCCGCACGAUCCCUCCAAGUCGGCGUUUUUAGAGUUCGGCGGCCACGGGUACCCCGGACACCAGCAGCCGUCCCCCGGCCUGUCGCACAACCAUUACCCGGUCCACGGCCUGCACGCGGUCGGCCCCUCGCAGCACGAAGGACACUUCUCCCCCGGCGCAUCCUCCUACGGUCGCCCGCUGGGAUACCCGUCCUAUCACGGCCCCGUGAGCGCGCACCACCCAGGUGCCUAUCUGCCCUACCAGCACGGGAGUCACGGCGGCGCGCUGGGACACAGCAGACUGGACGAUUCUGAGCACGAGAAGCCCACCACGGUCAUAGAAAACGGGGAAGUGCGGCUCAACGGGAAGGGGAAGAAGAUCAGGAAGCCUCGCACCAUCUACUCCAGCCUGCAGCUUCAGGCCCUCAACCAGCGCUUCCAGCAGACCCAGUACCUCGCCCUGCCCGAGAGGGCCGACCUGGCAGCCAAACUGGGCCUGACGCAGACCCAGGUGAAAAUAUGGUUCCAAAACAAACGGUCCAAAUACAAGAAGAUCAUGAAGAACGGGCCCUGUGGACUUGAAGGAGACCACCUGGCCCCCCCACCCGUGUCCUCCUCCUCCCCGUGCUCUCUGUGGGACAUCAACAUGGCCGCCAAAGGGGCGCCGGUGCACUCGGGAGGAUACAUGAACAACUUUGCUCCCUGGUACCCGGGACACCAGCAGGACUCCAUGCCGAGGACUCAGAUGAUGUGAGAGUGCUGGAGGACGCGGCGCUUUCGGGACAAACGGUGGAUUUAUUGCCACUGAGGGACGUUGUCGUGGAUUCGAGCCCCUCCGGAGGGCCGAAAUACCACAGCUGGCGGAGAUCAGUGAACAGAUACUGGGACUUUCUCCUUGAAGCAAACUCAUUGUGCAUGACAUUUUAAUCUGCAUCUCGAGUCCCGCACGUCGCGUGCUAAACUCACGUCACACAUCCUACCCAACUCCUGUAAUGUAUGUUAGUUAAGUUAUGUAACACCCAUCGCAACCCAAAGACCCACCCACGAGGCCGACCCUCGUGCCAUGUACAAAUGUACGUCAUGUACAAAAGAGACUUCAUUUGCGCCGCGUAUCGUCCUUAACAAGCAUUUUAUUAUUUUUCACUUUUCUGCCUGUCUUGUUACCGACACCUAAAUAAGUAAUGACAUAAAUCAACUUCUAUCACGAGCGGUACGUCAGCCCUUUGUCCAGGCCUAUUGGACUACAUAUUCUUGUAAAAUGACAUGAGAGAAAUAAGUGUGUGUGUGUGUCACGCUGGGAGUGAGAAGACGUAGCAGCAGUGUGUGAUUUCUUCUUUCAAAAAGUGAAAAUAAGACUCCCUUUCUGACAACCAGUCAAGUUAUUCCUGCCCGCAGAUCAACGUGGCCAGCCGAGACAUUUGUGAUUAAGCUAACGCCAACUCAAAGCUAACGCCAGCCCUGCGUCUCUGCUAGUGGACGUUUCCGGGGUCUUCUCAGCGGGCUCGGGUGGGACGGGUAUGAGUGUGUGAAACGAAGGGUUCUUCAGGGAUUCUUUAUAGUUGGACCUUUAGGCUUGUUAAACGUAAAGACAUAGAUCAGAUUGAAGAAGAAAGGUUACUUUAGAUUAUUGUGUGCAUUUGUGUGUGACGGGGUGUAAAACUAUAAAAAGUCUGAGGCGCAUAGAGACUUUCAAACAGCCAUUGUGGGACGUUGAUUACACUCCAAUAAGGUGUAUGAACAAGCAGACAUUUAUGUUAUGGUACUUAUAAUCCCCUUCUUUAGGACUAUAUGGGAUAUAGGCACUGAAUCCACUCGGUUACUUCAUUGUAUGUCGAUUUUUAUGAAUUUCCUCUAUUGUAAUAAAAGCUGUAAAAUAGAUCAAAUCCAAUGUAUUUGAAAGCUAAGUAUGACUUUUGUGAUUUGGGCAUUUCACUCCUUCUAGUAGAUGGUCAGUUACUGCCUGGCCACUGAAAAAGGGGAUUUCUGGAGGCUUUGCUUCGUACGUAAUGAACAGGCUAAAUAUAAAGAUCAUGAUGGGUCGACCUGAUUUUAGCAUCCUCUUAAAAUACUGAAUUAAUAUUGUUCCAAUAAUCUAUUGGUAAUGAGUCAGGACAUGCUAUGUUAUUUGAAAUAAAUCAAGUCCAGUGUUCAUUGCCACACCUA